ACGUAAACAAGACCAAAUGGGAACGAAAGGGAUCGGUAAGAGAGAAUGCCUAAAUCAUUGACUGUUAUAUUACUUUAAAAUGGACCGUGAUAAGAUUAAUGUUAAUCUAGAACUUUGUACAAUAUCUGUUGUAGGGUCAAUUUGUGCCGCGUGUAAAGAAGAAAUUAACGACGAGGAAGUGGUGAAGGCACUUCAGACGGAUUGGCAUGUGAAAUGUUUCAGGUGUUCUGACUGUAAUUUGCGUCUGUCCAGUUGGUACUUUGAGAAGGAUGGUCAUCUCUUCUGUCGGAAAGACUACUGGAUACGCUUUGGACAAGCUUGUCAUGGGUGUGCUCUUCUCAUAACAGGACCAAUAAUGGUUGCUGGGGACCAUAGAUUCCACCCAGAAUGUUUCAUCUGCUGCAACUGUGACUCCUACAUUGGUGAAGGGGAGUGCUACGCUCUAGUAGAGAGGACGCACCUCUAUUGUGAGAAUUGUUAUCGUAUGAUAAUGACGCCAAUUGCUGCUCAAACUCCGGAGAAAAUACCGCACACAUUCAAACUGCUAACCAUUCCACCAAGCCCAAAGGGUCGUCAUUCAUUCUCGGUAAAAAUCGACAGAAAACAUUACCAAAGACGUGCAGAAAAAUCAGCAGAUUGCAAACCAGAAAACAGAAGGACCAUUUGCAUUUCAGAAAUUGCUGACAAUUCUGACCACUUGUCUCUCUGCAUCGGAGAUCAUAUUUUAGAGGUUAAUGGUCAGCCAAUCAAGGAGCAGAAUGUGCAACAAAUUGAUCGCAUUUUAAAGGAAUCUUCAGAGAUCCUGCAAUUAACGGUAGAACACAACCCCAGCCCUGCAUCUCCUCAAGCUGACUUAGCUGCAGACAGCGUGGAAAUGGAGCUUGCAUUGAAGCGGGAGUGGAAAGACACAGACCCUUCAGAGGACUCUGUGUUUGCAGAGCCUCCAACACAGAAAAAACAAUUGCAAUACAAACGAGAUUCUCUGGAAGCUUUACCAAAAAUCCGUCGAAAUUCAAGUGAGGAGCCUAAAUCGCCUUCCAGGUUUACAUUUUCACGUUCAAGCUCAAUUAAAAAGGGAAUGAAGAACCAUUGUAUAUUUCGACCUACAGAUCUUAUUAAAGGAGAUAUUAUUGGAAAAGGGUUUUUUGGACAGGCUAUUAAGGUUACCCAUCGGCAGACUGGUGAAGUCAUGGUGUUAAAGGAACUCAUUCGAUUUGAUGAUGAUGCACAGAAAAAUUUUCUUAAAGAAGCAAAAGUAUUAAGAAGCUUGGACCAUCCAAAUGUUUUACCAUUUAUUGGAGUUAUGUAUCGAGACAAAAAGCUAAACCUUCUCACAGAAUAUAUAUCUGGUGGAACAUUACGUGAUAUCAUAAAUGAUUUAAAUAAACCGCUGUCAAAUUUAGCCAAGACAAAACAUGCCCAUGAUAUUGCAGUUGGCAUGUGCUACCUUCACUCAAGGUCCAUAAUUCAUAGGGAUCUAAAUUCUCCAAACUGUUUGGUUCGGGGGAAUGGUUCUGUUGUUGUUGCUGACUUUGGUCUUGCCCGUAUCAUGGUAGAGGAUAAGACAGAUCCAAGGCUUGGCCAGAUGGGGACAAAUUCUCUGGGUAGGGGAAGGAAGAAAAGGUACACUGUUGUCGGAAACCCCUACUGGAUGGCACCAGAAAUGCUCAAUGGCCAAAAAUAUGAUGAAAAAGUAGAUGUGUUUUCGUUCGGCAUAAUACUCUGCGAGUUGAUUGGUCGCAUUAGCGCUGACCCUGAUAUUCUUCCACGCCGCCAUGACUUUGGUUUAAAUCUUCCAGUGUUUCAGCAGAAGUUUGGUGUUGGUUGCCCUGAACAAUUAAUAAAGUUUGUUAAGGAAUGCUGUGACCUAGAAUCAGAUAACAGGCCUAGCUUCGAUGACCUGUCAGGUGCUUUAAAUUCUCUGAGUGUGCAAUUGGAAUAUGGGAAACCCCGUCUUUCAAAAAAACUUGAAAAUCUAACGGUAUCGAGUUGAAACCAUUACCAACUUCGCCAAAAACUGCUGCUCCUGUUCAAAUGUCGAACAACUCAUCAUCAUUUGUUACUUCAAGAUAAAGAUUAUGGCAUUUUACCUUGCUUUUAGGAUAAUAAUAUAGGCAUAGUAAUAUAACAAAUAAUUUUCCUUAGGUUUUAGUGAGCUAGCUUAAAGUAUAAUAAGGAGCAAGGCCUAACUGUGUGAAGUAUUUUUCUCAAGACAGUUGAGGAUGUAGUAUCUAAUACUGAGUCAGGCCGAAUAAUGUUACACCAAUCUAUAGACAAAAACAGCAGAUCCCUGUGUCCAAGCAAUGUACGAUGAAUUGAAUUCUAACAGAGGGCUGCGCCUACCUUUUACCUCUGUGGACCUAAAUUAUAGCAGUAUCAUAUAAAUUUUACUACCUGUAAUUGAAUGCUAAUCCAUAAAUACAAGUUGACUUUAAUAAACAGUGUGUACAUCAGUAAAUGGCUCAUAAAAUUAACCAUAAAAAUGUACUCAGUAGUAAUGAUCAAAUCUGGAAAUUUUUGUGAUUGAACCGAUGACUUUUGGACUUGAAGGUGAGUGCCAUUUGUCUGAUUAGGAACAAUUUAAAUCUGCCUUUUUUUUGUUUAUCAAGGCUGUAUGUUUGUUGGAGUUCAAACAGUAACAUUUAUAUUUAUUUAUUCAUAGCAUGUGUAGAAAUUAAUUUAUUUUAUGUCCUAACCUAUGAUGUCAAAUCAUAACUUUAUAUUAGUAUCAUUGGUGGAUAUUUUCUAAUAGAUAAUACAAUUUUAUGCAGUACAGAAACUUUUUUGUGUACUGUUUUUUAAUUGUUGGAACAGGUAUGUCAUAUCUUAUGUCUUUCCUGUAGAUUUUAAGCUGGGCCCACAUUGUGUUGUACAGCAGUCAUACAAUCCAUUUCUGAGCACUUGACAGCGCGACGCUAUUGGCUGACAGUCAGUGAUAUUAAAAACAAUCCACGGUUGUUAGCAUAUUAAAGACACCAUCUGAUUCAAGAUAAUAAUUUUGAAAAAAAAAACAAUUUUAAUUCUUAACUUGAAAGUAAGUUAUUAUGUUUCAGUUAAAUAUGAGAACAAAGAACAUAUGUUUUCGCUAAUUAAAGGAUAUAUGACUUCUGCUGUUCACAUUCUUCAUAUCAAUCCUUAAGUUGGCUGGCAAUCAAUUUAAGUAGUUUAGUCAAAAAAUCUGCACAUCAGUAAAAAUUGAAUUGUUUAUAUUUGUCUUAUUGCAGGUUUUUUUAUUUGUUUUAUUGUAAUUAAUUCAAAUUAAAGCCAUUUAAAGUGUUUUCCAAGGAUAUUUCUUGUCAUACCACAAGCAGUAUGUCUUUACAGUGUUUGAUUUUUUAUAUGAAUGCAAUAGGGGUUAAUGACCCGCUUUUGGGUUUCAAGCAGCAUCAGGCCAGUUAGUGGUUCGCUGUUUACUAAGCAGGGUGUUAAAUUUUCCAAAACUAAUUUUCAUUCUUUCACUACAUUCCUUCAUUUCUGUAUACCUUGAUUUCUUAUACUUUCUAAUAACCGAUGUAUUUUUUUAUAAAACCUAUUAUUCAUACUUCAUAGACAAUUAUUUGUGAAGUUUAAUAUAAAGUUUAUAAAUCGUCUUAAUAUUCUAGAACCAACUAAUUUGUAUAUAUUCUCUUCUUUUAUAUCAAAUUAUUUACAAUUUUAGAUUUAAAUUUAAUUCUGAAUCUAUAUAAAUUUAAGUACUUAAAAUAUUUUAACAGUAACUUUACUAGUAAAUUUUAUAACUUUAGAAACAAAAUAUUAAAAAAUAUUAAGCUUUACCAAAUCAGUUGUUGAAAUGCUAUAUUUAUCUUUUGAUCCUAAUGCAAACAGAGCUAACUUUUGAUUUGUGGAAAAUGUAUAAUGCAAUUUAUCAAAAUUUUAUUAUACUUUUCUUGUUUAUAUGGGCAAAGUGCAGUUGUAUAGGAAAACUAAUAAUAAAUAAGUUUGUUUUUUUUUAAAUUCUAACCAUAAUUAAUAUCCCUGCUAUCAAUGUGUAUAUAUGUAUGCAAACAAGUAAAUAAAGCAACUGAAUAUUUUAAUAAUGUGGAUGGACAUGGUGCUGUUUAUUAUUGUUAAUAGGACUUGGCUGGUCCAAUGAGGGUGCCGAUCUUGCAAAAUAUUUGGUAUUUCAGAUUAAGAUACAUGCUUUUAAUCUUGAUGUAAGACAAGGCCUUGGCAGGAACCAAUCAGAACUUUUGAGUGUUGUGAUCACUUCAUAAUGUUAAAUACUGUACUUUAUGCCAACUCUUCCAAAUUUUAAUCAGUUGAAAACUGCUACAUAUUUUUUGUAAAGAAUUGUAUAAUAUAAUAAAUUGGUAUUCCCGCUUGUUUACAUCACAUUGAUGUCCUGCAUACAGUAAAUUACGACAGUAAACUAGUGUCUGUUGGUAGAAUAUGGGCUCACAAGAAAUGUAUGAUGUAAUCAUGUGAGACUGCUAUUAUUAUGCUGGUAAUCAUAACAGAAUGAAAUGUUUGCAUGUAAUUUUUUGCCAAAGAAUCAAUUGUGUAUUAAGAAUGUUAAAUACUGUAAAUGUCUGUUGUUGGGUCUGGCACACUGGACAACAUCAUGUUAAAUAUAUUAGCAUAUACAUGAUUUUAAGCUUUGGGUCUUAAAAUCAUUUAUAUUGGGGUUUUUUUCUACAAAGUAUUAUUGUAUAGAAAUAAAUACAAACAAAAACAUUUAAAAA